AAAAAAAGUGAAGUAGAGUGUCUCAUAAGAAUUUUUCACUGCUUGGUGGAAAGAGCUGUUGUAAGACUUGAUAACACUGGACUAGAUCAUAACACAUUUCGAGCCAUCCUGCACAGCAUAUUUGGAAUGACUGAUGAUAUGCUAAUGAAUAGGGUAUUUUUUGCAUUUGACAAAGAUAACUACAUAAAUGUAAAAGAGUGUGUUAAAGGAUUAUCAGUGUUUCUUUGAGGGACUUUUGAAGAAAAGCUGAAGUUCUGUUUUGAAGUUUACUGUUUCAAUGGUGAUGGGUACAUUUCUCGAGAGAAAACGUUUGACAUGUUGAACAGUCUACACCAACAGUCACCUGAAGAAGAGACUGAUGAAGGAAUAAACGAGUUGGUGGAUAUAACACUGAAGAAAAUGGUAAGAAUAAAAAAAACUGUAAUUCAUUAUAUCUAAUCAAAUGGAUGUUAGAUAAAGCUAAAGAUGAAGAAAUGAUUUAUUUCCCUACAUAAUGAAC